CGGCUGAGGGUGAAGAUAGGUGGAGUGGGGUGGGGUGGGGGGCUCAGGGGGAGGAAGAGGAGGUGAGGAGGAGGAGGUCGGGGGAAGCAGGAGAAUGGGCCUGGAACGCAAAGCGCACAAAUUGGAUUAAAGCAGUAUGCUGGACAAGAGCGAGGUGACAACUCUCAGCCUCCCUUCCACCGCCAGCCAUGGAGGCUCUGACAGCAACAUCAGUGCAGAGGGCGCGGCGGGCUCAGUGUCGGGCGGAGUGGCGGCCGGCGGCGGCGGCGGCGAGGGCACCGCAGGCGGGGCGGGAUGCGGUGAGCCCCAGCGAACGCGGGUCGCUCUGGAGCAUCUGCAGCAGAAGAUCCUGAAGGUGACCGAGCAGAUCCGGGUGGAGCAGGAGGCCCGCGAUGACAACGUGGCCGAAUACUUGAAGCUGGCCCACAACGCCGACAAACAGCAGGCCUCCAGGAUCAAGCAGGUGUUUGAAAAGAAGAACCAAAAGUCGGCGCAGACCAUUGCGCACUUGCACAAAAAGCUCGAGCACUAUCACAAGAAGUUAAAGGAGAUAGAGCAGAAUGGACCGGCCCGGCAACCCAAGGACGUCCUGCGAGACAUGCAGCAAGGACUAAAAGACGUGGGUGCCAAUGUCCGCGCGGGGAUAAGCGGAUUCGGCGGAGGCGUCGUGGAAGGGGUCAAAGGCGGAGUGUCGGCCCUGACUCACACCGCCGUGGUCUCCAAGCCCAGAGAGUUUGCCAGUCUCAUCAGGAACAAAUUCGGCAGCGCGGACAACAUCGCCCACCUCAAGGACACGCUGGACGACGGAGUCGGGGGCCACGCCGAAGACACCCCCACGCCCCGCGCCCUCAGCGGAAGCGCCACUCUGGUGUCCAGCCCGAAGUACGGCAGCGACGACGAGUGCUCCAGCGCCACGUCCGGCUCGGCCCCGGGCAGCAAUUCGGGCGGGGCAGGUGGAGGAGGAGGCGGCAUGUUGGGGCCUACGAUGGGGAGUCCCAGGCUGGACGGUCACCACCACCACCACCAUCACGUGCACAGCUCGUGGGACUCUCUCUUGGAAGGCUUGCAGGAGAUCAAAGCGAGCCAGGCGCACAUGGAGGACACCAUCGAGGACAUGAAGGGCCAACUGCAGAGCGACUACUCCUACAUGACACAGUGCCUGCAAGAAGAGCGAUACAGGUAUGAACGAUUAGAGGAGCAGCUGAGUGACCUGACGGAGCUUCAUCAGAACGAAAUGAGCAAUCUCAAACAAGAAUUAGCCAGCAUGGAGGAAAAAGUGGCCUAUCAGUCCUAUGAGAGGGCAAGAGACAUUCAGGAGGCAGUGGAGUCGUGCCUGACCCGCAUCACCAAGCUGGAGUUGCAGCAGCAACAGCAGCAGGUGGUCCAGCUGGAGGGCGUAGAGAACGCCAACGCCCGGGCGCUGCUGGGGAAACUCAUCAACGUCAUCCUGGCGCUUAUGGCCGUGCUGCUGGUGUUCGUGUCCACGUUGGCCAACUUCAUCACGCCGCUGAUGAAGACGCGGGCGCGGGUGGGCGCUACCGUUCUGCUCACCGUGCUGCUUUUUGCUUUAUGGAAGCACUGGGACUUUGUGGAUCCUUGGCUUAUGCCCAGUUAAGAUGCCCCAUUGGAGGAACCUGAGCAGAGUGUCCAUCUCGUAUUUUUAUUUUUUUAAAUCCCUUGUGCCCUCCUCAAAUGUAACCUUUGGACACCUUUUCUUUGUUUUAAAAAAUAAGGCAAACAUCUUCAGACUUGUUUCAAACUAUCAAACACGACCGCUGAGAAUAGGCUAACUCCUUUUAUUUUACGGUUAGGUGUAGAAAUGAAUAGAAGAAAGGCAUCUUCUUCAGAGGAAACGGGUCUAGGUUUUGCUCCAAUUUGACAUAUUUUUGGCUUGCCUGCCAGUUCAUCUGCAAAAAUGUAACUCAAUGUUAGAU